UCUCAUUCCCUUAGUGGCACCCGAAACGGACGGAGCUAAGUUGAGGGUCUGAACGGAUGGCAGUCAUUAUACAUCAGGUUUUCCAAAUAUACCGUUAAGAUAUGAGUAUAUAUGUAAAAGUGCCGCAUUGGGUGUCGCGAUGACUCGCCGGGACUUUUUUAGUGAAAUACGAAGUGAAUGUGCGAAUUUUAAAAGUGGAGAAUAUAUAUUAAUGAAUUAAUAGUUUGUGAAUGAAUCACCUUUUGUGCGCUUGGGGCUGAUAUCUUUCUAGCAACUAGGAAAUCUCAGUGGCUCCGAUCUACACCUAGUUGUGACUAAUUAACGUAUAAACGGAUUUUUAAAACAUAAGAAGUCAUUCUUCAUGCAAUAUUUCUAUUAUCAUUGCUAAUCUUAUCGCAAACCGCACUUUCGGUGUUUGGUUUCUAUUUAUUUAUUUGCGUUUACGUCCAUGUAUGCAGUCGCGUGUGUGUCAUUAAAUUUACGAUCGUGAAUAUAUUUAUAAACUGAGUAACGUAUGCUCGGAAAUACGGUGGACGUUUCUCUCUUCCUUUUAUUAAAAUUCGUCUCUCGCUCUUGCUCUUUUUCAGCAGCGAACUAAUUAUUCAGUGGAGACGACAGAGAGCCGGUAAUCCAUCGAUCCAUCGAUCUCUAAUUCUCUCUUAUUCUCUAAUCAUUGGUUUUUUUUUAUUCACUAAUUUAUCAAAUUUCUUAUCACGAUAACUUGACUGCUGAGUUAUAAAUAUUUUGUAACCGUGUAGAUGGGCGGUUAGCCGGCGUGGUUGACUUAAUAGCGAUUAAUAGAAUUCUAAACAAUCAGUGAACGAUAAACUUAUUAUUCGGUAAAGGUGACGAGAAGACCGCGAACCGCGAAUUGGUGGUACCAGAGGCGAUAGCCAUCGCCGUUGUUAUUUACAUCAAAUUAGUAUUGAUCGAAAACUGACGAAGAACGGGGGGUUCUUAACGAGAGGAUCUUGACAGCGUCACGUGUACCAAACACAGGGAAAUAUAUCUGCCGUCUUUUCAAUUAUAUUCAAAAAAAUAUAUAUAUAAAUUAGUUUUAUAAGCAAUUAUUUCCAGCAGAUUAAGAAUUGUGUAGAGUGGUCGAGGUAAUAACUUUAAACAGUAAAAAUAGUACCACGAGUACGUAAAUUAAAUCGCGGCGAUAUAAGAAAAAAUAUCGAAUAAAUAACAGCGUUUCUUUCAUAUGUAACGUUCAUUCAUUCGUUACGUGUAAAGAUGUGAUGUUCGAAGACAGUUGGAAAAGAUAAUCGUAUUACGCCGUAAGAUAUACCUCGAUGAGUUUCUGCCGUCCUGACGCCCGACAUUGCUCGAAGGAACAACUGUUAACAUCAUCCAACGAAGGACGAGAGUAAAAUUCAUCUCGGUUACAUACAUCCUCCUGCCGACAAAAUAUCAGCUCUCUUAAGACAAUCCAGCAACCCCCCAAGUCCCAGAAGGCUGAAGAACGUAACGGGACGAAGAGGAGUAAUAGUUUCAUCGCUUUUUGAAGAAAGCUUUUCUCAUGCACGAAAGGUCAACCAUCCCCGAAGUCGGGUGUACUACGCCUUAUCACAAGGUGUGAUGGGGCUCAUUGACGCCGGCAAGUAUGAGCUGAGGCAGCAAAAUUAAUUAGGACUGGCAUGGAGAAAGAGAACUCCGGAGGGAGCGCGGACAACGCGCCGGGAGGGACUUCGACCUCCGCGUCCGCAGCUUCGGUUACAUCCACAUCAGCCUCCGAAAAAAUUCAGGCUGAUCAGGCCAACCCUCUACUGGAUCCGUCAGCUCUCUUUGGUGCAUAUUGGCCAAGAGGAGACAGUACAACAUCGUCGUUGUUCAGUGGAAUGCCAGGGGGAUACAGUCUGAGUCCUCAUCAUUUGCCAUCUGCCUAUGCGAUACUCGGUCGAGGUGGUUCGGGACAGGGGUAUGGAAGUCACACGCCUACUUCUGCACCACCUCCUCCACCAUAUUCUCACAGCAGUCUCGGCACUUUAAGUGUGGCUGCGAGUCAGGCGGCUAGUCUGGGUAUCAAUUCAGCUAGUGCAGCAUGGUGGACCAUGGCCUCGCAUCUUGCUGCACAAAACUAUCUUGCGAGGUUACAAGGAGCUGCUGGGCUGCCUGGUUUUCCCCCCAGUGCAGAUAGUUUACUGCCACCGUAUCCCGGAUCGCUACUUAAUGCACCGCCCUUAUCCUCUCACAAAUCUACCAAAUCUAAAUCAAGUAAGAGCCACAAGCCUCCUGCCAGCAGUAGUUCUGCAACGGGUAGUCUGACUAGCAGUUUGGCUAUGAGUCAAGCACCGAUCUCCCAUCACAGUACAUCCACUAGCAGUACGUCAAAUUCGCAGACAAAUGUUAUCAGUACUACAAAGGAAGGAAGUGAUCCUAGUAGCAUAUUAGGUGGUGUGCGACUUCCUCCUGACACAGAAAUCAUCAAAUACACAUCCAGUAUAGUGGGACCCAAAAUUCCGGGGACAACAAAUCGGGGAAGGAAAAAAACUAUUUCCUUGGAUUCGCCGAGUGUUAGCGUUCAUCCACCACCUCUACCCGCUAUAAGCGCACAUCAAACCAAUACCUCCACCUCUCUCAUGUUAGAGCCAAGAAAAUAUAAUCGAAGCGGGAACGAUUCGAAUGAGUACAGAGAUUCCGUUGAUAGGGUAGAAGUAAUAAAACUACCGGCGCACUCAACGAAUGGUUCCGUACUAUCAGCACCACCGACCUAUACCACGAGCAAUACGAGUAAUACCAGUGAUACCGAUGCUCCUCUCAAUCUUUCGUUGAAACCAUCGUCAACUUGUAGCAGCACCCCUAUUACUGGGAGUCAAGCGCUUAGUCAGCUCAGCAAUUUGAGUCAGUCUCUCUUGGCCUCUGACCGAACGUCCCGACGGAAGCCUGGGCCAAAACCGAGACGAGUACCGCAAAACUCGGUGCCUGUUCCUGCCUCACCUAGUCCAUCGCUUGCUCAGCUUUUUGCUGCUGCAGAUUCACCCCAAAGGCCGAGCAGUGGCAGCGAAGAAAAUGAUAGUAUGACGGCUCACCAUAAAGACGGCCGACCUAGAAAUCUUGGUCGUGGCGUAUCGAAACCUAAGAAGAACACAGUCGCAUCCCUGUUAGCUCAAAGUAGAGCUCUCGGUAUCAAACCCACACCUGCUCUAGAUCCUAGCGCGCCAUUAGCGCAUCAGGUGUCUUUGCUUAGGUCAAACAUAUUCGCCGCGCAGUUGCAUGCAAGCACAGGAUUGUUGGAUGAAAAGACGCAGGAAAAAAUGAAGAAUAAACUUCUGGAAGUAUCAGGAGAAGAGAGCAACAUGGACGUGACAAGUGAAAGUGGCAGUAAUACGGAUGCUGUUACGGAUACCGACGACGAUAACGUUGAAGGAAUACCUAGUGCUAAGAAAAGAAAACUUAAUCCCAGUGAAAAAGAUCUACAGGCUGCAUUGGAUCACGGAUGGAAACGUGAAACAGUUAUCAAAGGGCUCGGAAAAACAGGGGUCAUUAAAGGAGACGUAACUUACUACAGUCCGUGCGGCAAAAUAUUCAGAAAUACUCCUGAACUCCUAAAGUUUCUUGAACAGCAGAACUCGAUGGAACUCACAACCGCUAAUUUUUCAUUCUCCUCUCGACCGCUUGUGGGUGAAUUUUUGCAACCAACGAUGGGCCUUGCUGAAGCUGAAUUCGUAAGACUUGGCGCGCAAGAAGUUGCGAGAAGAUUGGAAGAGUUGAGGGUGGCUGGCGGUCUUCGAGAUGCCAGGGUGAACAAUCAAUACGAGAGAGAUAAAUUGGCUUAUGCUAAGAAAUUAGCGAAAGAAGAGGCUCAACGAUACAAGGAGCAAGUUAGGUUAAUGAAGGAACAAGAAAAGUCUGAGAGGCAAGAAGCAGUGAGGCGGGAGCGGGAACUUAGGAAUCAGCAGCUACUUGAAGGUCGCAAGCGCCUAGCGUUCACGAUCAAACAGAAAAUGAAGAUCAUCCAGGAGAUCGAGUGUGGAAAAAGCAAGAGUGAUGUGGCACGUGAGCUCGGAUUGGCUAGCAGUACCGUUGCAACAAUUUGGAAGAAUCGCGAAAGUAUCACAGAAAGUUGGCGAAAUAGAGACGUAAUGCAGAUGGAAGACACUGAAUUGAAAAAAGUGGCGACUAUCCAAGAGGUGCAACAGGUCCAGAAGCAAACGCAAAAUCAUGAGUUGCUGGAGGCGCGGAGAAAGAGACAGGAGGAGAUGGAGAAGAUUCGCAUGGAAGAACAACAACGAAAACAGCAGGAGAGAGAACUGAAACGACAGCAAGCUGUGAUGCUCAAAGAACAGAUGUACAUGCAGGAGCUGAGCAAGCAGCGCGAGAUGCUCUACACCGUCGAGCUGGAGAGAGAGAGAAGACGACAACAUAUGGCAUUGGUGAGGGCGUUGGAGAAUCGUCGAAGAAUGGAAGAGCGAGAGAAAAAGAGAUUAGAAGCUCGAGCUGAACGAAUUGCGAACAAAGAAAAACGUGCUGAACAGAGAAAGCUCGAAAUAGAACUUAUAGAACAAAUCCGGAAACCUGUCGAAGAUAUGGAAUUGACAGAUCAAAAAUCACUGCCAGAACUGAAUAGGAUACCAGGGCUGAAAUUAGCUGGCCAGGCAUUUGCAGAUAUUGUCAUGGUAUUUGAAUUCCUGCAUAAUUUUGGCGAAACGCUCGGUUUUGAUAUGGAGUCACUGCCAAGUCUGAAAAGUCUCCAAUUAGCCCUAUUGAACGACGAAGAAGCUGAAGAAGAAUUAUUGUCUGUGAUGACACAUCUUUUAGUUUGUGCAAUAGAAGAUCCUGGUAUUCCACAACCAGCGCGGCACACUACCGGCCUAGGACAAAGUCUCCGACAAGCUGACAUAACUCACGCAAAUAUCAGUGAAGUUUUAAGGAUUUACUUAUAUGCAAAUGCCACUGGCGAAGUUAAAGCUCUAACUGGUGUUUGUUUGGAACGAGAAAGAGAUAAAAAAUUUGCUGAUCAUCAUCAAAAUGGCGGGGACUACACCUCGACAUGCUCUGGGAAGAAUGCUCAGUUUUACGAACAUUUGCAUAGCAAUGAGACAUGGAAGAUGUCCGAAAAACUUAGGGACAAACCUUUCCUAGCUUUAAAUCCAACCGAAAAAGCGCAAAUGCUUGCAUUUUUGUGCAACGAGUUGCUUCAAAACAAGGCUGUGAUAAAACAAAUUGAAGGAAGCUUAGAGACUUUAGCACAAAUGAAGAAGGAUAGAUUUGUUCUAGAUACCAAAAUCAGAAAACUCAGACAACUACACAACAGAAAGGUGAGAAUGGAAGCUGUUGGUGUCAUAGUGAAUAAGUCUGGUGACACCAUCACUAUAGAGAAAAAAGAAGGUGAUGAAGAAUGUAAUACAACAUCAACGGCCGUUGGAACUACACCUACAUUAGAUGAAAUACACCAAGAGGAUGAGGUCGAAGAUAUGUCAGAAAAUGAAAGCGAAGGCACCCAACCAGAAGAGGAAGAGGAUAAGAAUCUAUCAGGAGAGGAGCUCGGAAAAAAACUAGAUCGACUUCUGAAGCAUUCAGAAGAACAACUCCAGAAAUUGAACAGUUCAUCGAAACAAUUACGUGCUCAUGUACUAGGACAGGAUAGGUACUGGCGAAGAUACUGGGAAUUACCGUGUGCGGGUGGUAUUUACAUCGAGGCAAUGGAAAGUGCGGAACCAGAAAUACUAGACGUGCAAGCUAUUUUAGAUGCGAAUUAUAAACCUCCAGAUGUCGAUACCACAACGCAGAUAGCGAGUAUAACAGAGGACACGAAAGAUCUUGAGCUUUCGAAGCCAACAAUGACAGAUGAUAAACCUAGCGCCGAGAAAAUUGAGAAUAUCAACAUCAAAUCUGAAGAGGAUAAAGUUAAAAUGGAAGUGGAUGAAGUUAGUUGUAAAACAGAAUUUCAGAAUUGUGUAAAGGACGAAGUAGCGAGUGUGAAAAUUGAAGUUCAAACAAAUACGGACAGUAUUAAAUCUGAUGCAAGAACAAAUGUUACAUCCGAAGAGAUUAAACAAGAGACUGAAGGAAAAACUGUUGAUGUUUGUAACAAAGAAAUGAAAAAUGAAGAGAAUUGUAUAGACGAAGAAGUAACAAGCUCUGUUACAAAAAAAAUUAUGGAAGAUAAAAACGUUGAGACUAUACCAAAUGGAGAAAAAUGUAAUCACGUAAAUAACUCGCAUUACUCCAACGGUAAAGAAUUGAAUGGAACUUUCAUCUGUGGUGGAAAUACUGAACCAGUUUGGUUUUCCAUUUUCCCUCGGGAAACUUGUGAUACGCCAGGUUCGUGCACAAAGACAAUUUUCGGGAUAGCUGAAACAACGGAACUCAGGAUACCAGUAUUUCCUCCGCCUUCCAGUCCACCUUAUGACAGGUGUGACAGUCCGGCACCCCUAGUGCUUACGCAGGACGAAGCGGCUCAACUAGAACAUUUAAAAGUCCAUGGAUUGCCCCCAGCUGGUGAUCCAAAACCUGUUCCCGAAGAACUCCGAUACGGUUGGUGGAGAGUAUCAGACGUUGAUACAUUUCAAGCAUUAUUGGAGAACCUUCACUCUCGAGGUGUACGUGAAAAAGAACUGAAACGCACAACUUGGGCAGUGAUGGAAUCUUUCCUAGCUAUAACUGGCAAAAUCCACGUUGACCCUGGUAAUAUCGGAGCUACGAAUUUACAAGUGGAUGGAGACGAAUCACAACUUCCUACUCCAAGACCAGAUAAGCCUGACCAAUGGAGCGAACAAGUAGCUCUGCGUGUUGACGCUCAGCUAUUAGAACAAGUUGAAGCACUAGAAGAUAAAGUUGCAAAUGCUAGCAUGCAAGUUAAAGGGUGGAAACUUCCUCCAAGAUCUGGCACCGAUGAAGCCGAUGAAUUGGAAAAAAUUAAUGAAAUGGACCAAGUCAGUGCUGUUGAACAAGCUAGGCAAAGGUUACUAUCGUUAGAGGCAGCAAUUGAGAGGAGGUAUCUAAAACCGCCUCUUGGUAUCUGUACCGGAGAUCCAAAUCUAACAGCUCUGAAAGCAGAGCAAGCUGCUGCAACAAAUGCAAAUGUGAACAACUCAGAUUCAAAUGCUCUUGGGCCACCACCUAUCGAGGAAACCACCCCGCGGGGUCUCAAUAACUGGCGAGAGGCUACCGCUAGGGCACAUACGUCGGCACAGCUAGCAAUGGCGCUGUACAUGUUGGAGGCAAGCAUCGCCUGGGACAAAAGCAUCAUGAAGGCAGUGAGUCUAACACCAGCUAGAAACUCGGUCUGCAUCAUGCUGCGAAACCGCUGCGUCUCACUCAAAGCUACCACUCAAUACAAUCAGCUAUUGACUACUACUCAGGCCUCUAACUGCCAGUUCUGUCAUAGUGGUGACAACGAAGACAAACUACUGCUGUGUGAUGGCUGUGAUCGUGGAUACCAUACUUACUGCUUCCGUCCAAAAAUGGAAAACAUUCCUGAUGGUGACUGGUACUGCCAUGAGUGUAUGAACAAAGCAACAGGUGAAAGAAACUGCUUGGUAUGUGGUAAACGAAUGGGAAAAAAUUUAGUUCUGUGCGAAUUGUGCCCUAGAGCUUACCAUACCGACUGCCACAAUCCUGUUAUGCCUAAGGUGCCUCGAGGAAAGUGGUAUUGUUCCAACUGUCACAGCAAACAACCAAAAAAACGCAACAGCAGUCGAAGAAGCCAUGCCAAGGGGGCAACAAGGGAUAGCGAAAGUUCCGACCAUCCUCCAACUAGUCCAACUCCAUCAACAGCAUCAAACACUCAUGUCGAAGAUGUCAGUUCGUCCGAACCACCAACACCAACAGCAUCACCUCGCAAGGAAGGAAAUAGCAGAGCACUGACGAAAAAGCAGCAACGAGAAUUAGCACCAUGUAAAAUUUUACUAGAACAAUUAGAACAACAGGAUGAAGCGUGGCCUUUUUUAUUGCCAGUAAACACAAAACAGUUCCCAACAUAUAAGAAAAUUAUUAAGACUCCAAUGGAUCUCAGUACCAUUAAGAAAAAAUUACAGGACUGUGCGUACAAAUCAAGAGAAGAAUUUUGCGUUGACGUCAGGCAAAUGUUCAUAAACUGUGAAGUAUUCAACGAAGAUGAUAGUCCUGUGGGCAAGGCUGGACAUGGUAUGCGUAGCUUUUUUGAAAUGCGUUGGACAGAGAUAACCGGAGUGCCACUUCCUCCACCACCCACGCACAGCUGAGGCUCAGCUCGCUCGCGCAAUAACUGCAACAGUUUUGCACACUUCUAUUACUAGUCCAAUGUAAGGUUUCACCAAAUGUAUAAUUACAUUAUCUAUCGUCCAGAUAUCUAUGAUUGUUUAGUAAUAUUGUUAUUACAAAUUGUGCGCUCUUGUAAAAUUCUUGUAAUAUUAACAAAACAAAAAAAAAAAAUAAUAAUAUUAGGUAUAUAUGUAGAUGACAACUUUACGAAUAUUUAAGAAUCUUAUUUAAUCGUAAUUUUACACGGAUAAUCGAGGUUCAACAAACUCAUUGGAUCUACUAACGAUCUGCUCAUGGUACGCAGACUCGAUCCCAGUGCGAAAGUAAAAACUGAUAAAUCCUGUUUUUAUCAGCUGAAUGCAUAGUGAAAUGUGUUCUGUGCUCUUGUUUUGACUACAUAUCUAUACCACAGCGUCAUUACUAAUUGGCCAUCGUCAAUUUUCAUCGAUCGGAAAUUAAUAUAAUUGUGAAAUCUUCAGGAUCUAUGAAUACCAAACCCGAUACUUUCAAAUUUAUGUUCAUUGAUAUUUCACUUUAAUUUGUAUGCAUAUUGGUUAGCCGUGAUUGAUAAUGUUAACAAUGAAUGAUAUCUUCACAGAUUAUGAACUGUAGGUUGUGGCCAAUAUCAAGCUUCUUGUUGGAUGGCAUAUCGCAAAUGAGGAAUAUUUCCGGAAGAAGAUGCAUUCUAUUUGAUAAUUUUUUUUUUCAAUAGACUGCGACGACGCUUGCACACAAUCUACAAUCUAGUAAGGUAUUAGUUUUUCUGUACGAAACAGAGUUUAAUUUCGUUGCGAUUUAUUCGUAUUUUGUUGAACAUUAUCUUUUCUCCGUGUUGUGGGCCUUCAAAUUUAAAUUAUUCAGCUACAGCAUUCACAAAUUCGAACGUGUAUAUCUUGCACGUUCUGCAGAGCGUCAAAACAUUAUUUAUAUCUUAAAGAGUUCAUGUGAUUUUAUCAAAGGUGAUGGCAUUGCCAUUUCCUUAAAAUUGUUUCUCUUUAUUCUCUAAUUUGAAGACGAAUAUCGGAGAAAAUUUCUGUCCCAAUAAACAAUCUAGUAGAAAAUGGUUCGCUUAUCUAAAAUCUGUGGCGUUUCUUAUAAUUCGGAAAAUUUAUCUCAUAAUUCGCAUGAACAAAAAAAUACCAGAUCACAUACUACGGAGAUAUGAUUUACUGGUUCCAUUAUUGUUCUUGUUACCAAAGGAACUUGAUUCAGUGCAUAAAAAGUACAGUUGCACUAAAUUAUUUUUGUUGGAAUUUCCUUGAAUAAACAAAAUUCAUCGAAUACGACGUUGGUGUCAGAUCUGUCGAAACAGUUUCUUUUAUGCUGCAAGUUCGAAAAGACAGAUUAACCAUUCAUUGAAAUGACCGCUCAAACAUUUAACUUGACAGAUGGAGCAAAAUUGAAAACACCGCAAUGGUCCUUGUACUUAGAUUACAAAAACUUCUUGUCUAAACGGGUCUCUAAUUGUAUUAUAGGCACAAAAAUACUGCAGGAAUGAAAAAGAUAUUUUGCGAAAUGAUAGGUAAUUACGAAAUUGUAUUAACUCAUAGGAAAACUGUAAGAUUACUAUAAAAGUAAUGUUAGAAUAAUCCAAAUACACUGGUAUAGAGUGAGAUGCCAUUCCACUAUUGAGUAUUUUUUUUUAAUAAUUUUUUUUUAUAUUUUUUUUUUGUCUUCUCAUAUACUGCAUAGAGAAUUCUCUAAAUUGUAUUCGCUUGUCAGUAUUUUAAAGUUGUAAAGUGAAAUUAUACAUAAGAUGCAUUCAUUAUGAGACUUAAUAAAAAUAAUUCUUAAUUUUAGAAUAUACUAUUGACAUGUACAAGAAAAACAUUUUGAAUCUGGUGUCACGUAGAAUUCUAAAAGUAGCUGAACAAGCAUAAUAAUUAGUUAAGAUGUGAUUAUACAGACCUGUUGAAACUUAAAAUGGCAUUAGAACGAGCGUGACGAGAAAAUGUAAUUUACAUAAUGAGUGAGAACUAAUCCAUGAAUAUUAUGUGUUCUUGAAAAAAAAAUGUUUUACGUAUUUGUAUGAUAAAUCACUAUGUAAAACAUAAUUCAAGAUCAUAUAGUUUAAGUAUCUUGCAUGUGUGUGCAUUUUUUUCAAUAAAAAAAAAAAAAACAAAAAAAACCGUACUGUAUGAUUUCUAUGAGAUACGUUGUUACGGUAAAAACGGACACUUAAAAUGUGUUGACCUUUGAUGAUUCGUUUGGACAAAGGCAUAUGGCAAGCCUAUGCCACCGAUAUUCACUACCGUUAUACCUAGCAUUGUAAGAAGAGUGCUCCAGAAACUAUUAUUCGAAUUUAAUGAAUCCUGAUUUUUAUCAAGUAUCGAUUGUGUUCCACACGAUCACGAACUGCUACCGACGUGACUUCUUCAUACUUUUCGAAUUUUUAUUACAAAGUAUUGUCAAAAAUGUUCAAAAAAUACUUCAUUUCUGUCGUGUGUCGAAUAUCUUAUUCAAAUCGCUAUAAAGUUAUUAUAAUUGACAAAUAUUUACUGCAGAGCAACGUGAUAAUAUCGCGGUGUCGACUACCUACAACGAUCCUAUUGAUACGAGCACUCUUUUUUUCAGAAGAUCUGAAAAGUGUAAAAUGGUAGUGCUUGUGAUAUUAGAUGCCUCUGAUUCUAUUCCAGAUUCAUCUUGCAGUGCAUUUUCCAUGUUUGUUCAUCUAUAUCAAGAUAACAAGUGCCUACUCCUUACUCUAAAUCAUCUGCAAGAAAAAUAUCCUUCAGUUCAUGUUCCAAAUUCCAAAUGUAACUCUCGAUCGUUCUCGAAAUUUACGUACCCAUAACUCACAUGAAUAAUUACUUUGCAGUGCGUGAAAUGUUAAUGUUGAAAUAGUCAGAAUAGUAGAAUCGAGUGAAUGAUUCAUGAAAUGUAUGGACAGUGGAGCGAGUUAUAAUCUUUUACAAUCACAAUAAUGACCACAAUUGCGGUACGAUGAAUUAAAAUGUAUUAAUCUUGUUUUGUAAGUAAUCGAUGUAAAUUAUUGUCAGUACAUUAGUUGAAAAAAUACAGUAUUUGCACAAAAACUGAUACUGCAUAUUGCCUAUGAUAAGCGAUAACUAUAUUAUGUUCUAGUUGACGCGUUAGAUAUCACAGAUAAAAAUUAUAAAUAAUAAAUAAUUUUUUAAGGUUCAA